AUGUACGUUUGGAGCACUGUCUUCUACUGCAUCUUUUGCAUCAUCAUCGCCGCGGUGCCUUCGCCUGCUGCCGUUGCUGUCGGACGGUUUAUAUCGGGCUCUCUGUCGGCCAUGCCGAGCGUUGUCGUCAAUGGGAGCAUUGAGGAUAUGUUUAAUACAGACACUCGUAUCUGGAUUGUUUUUAUGAACGCCAUUUCCACGAAUAUAGGACUGGCCGGUGGACCGAUUAUGAGUGGUUAUAUUACCACGACUUUGGGGUGGCAAUGGGUGUUUUAUAUUGCAGCCAUUGUGACCGGAGUUCUCGCUGUCCUGAUGCUCACCAUUAAAGAGUCACGACCGACAUUGCUGCUAGCCCGCAAGGUACAGAAACUGCGCGAACAAACAGGAAACAAAUCCCUGGAAGCAUCCAACCCCGACCACGUAUCCGACAUGAAGACUUUUGUGCGCCUUUCGCUGUUUCGACCGCUGCAACUCUUCUUCACCGAGCCCAUCGUCUUUACGGUGGCGUUGAUGAACGGCGCCUGCAUGGCUCUGAUUUACCUCUUCACCGAGGCCCUCCCUAUUAUCUACCCUCUGUUCGGAUUCACAGAAGCACAAGCCAACCUUCCCUUCGUGGCUUUUAGUCUAGGCAUACUUCUUAACAUCCCCGCACGGUUCCUCGAUCGACGACUACGUGCCAAACUACGGAAACAGGGCCACGUCGCCGGACCGGAGAGCAAGCUGAUCGGACUCUUCCUCGGAGCCCCCGUUCUCGCCGGCGCACUGUGGCUCUUUGCAUGGACGAUCCCACCCAUGGUUCCGGACGUACACUGGAUUGUGUCGGUGUUGGCGUUAUUCUUCAUCGGGUUCGCACUUAACGAGUUCACCACCGUCUAUGCGGGCUAUAUCGCGGACAGCUAUUUGAGUUAUGCAGGUAGCGCGCAGGCAGCGUUGAGUAUGCUUCGAUCGCUGAUGGGGGCUUUGUUUCCCCUAUUCACGCCCAAGAUGUUUAAUUCGCUGGGGAACAACGUCGCGGUGUCGGUGUUGGCGGCCGUCGCGACGGUGUUCUGUGUGGCACCAGUGUUGUUUAGUCGGUAUGGUGUUUCGUUGCGGAAGAGAAGUCGGUUUGCGAGUUAUAGUCUGCAGGUGUAUGAGACGAGUACAGUGGAGGAUGGCGGCCGUUAG